AUGUUCACAGAUAAUUGGAUGAUCUUAGCUUAUGUCAUGAUAUUCUCUUCAAUAAUUUUAUGUGGUCUUCUUCCCAUGAUACUUCGUCUAUAUAAUGCUCGUCAAUAUUUUUAUCAUUAUAAUCUUGAAUGUUCAAAUUCAAAUGAAUUUAUAAUUUUACAAUCAAAUAAUAUUGAUAAACAAUUAAAUAUAUCUAAUAAAUAUAAUAAAAUUAAUCAAAAUUUUCAACGAAUUAAUUCUUUUGAACAACCACUUAUUUAUAUACAAAUACCAUUUAUUGAUGAUGAUGCAUCUAUUUAA